UUAUAAACACCAAUCUCCCUUCGGCAGCCCAAUAACCACUAUUUGUUUCUCAGUAAAAAACUUUUUGCACUAGUACUGAAUCAUUUCAAAAAGCUUAAAUAUAUAAAAGCUUUAUAAACAAAGAUUCUUCCAUUUGAACUUGGUUUGAUCUAUCUUUAUUUCAUUUCAUUUCAUUUUGGCUGAUCUAAUCUUUUGAAGAGUUUGUUUUCACCAUUGGACGUUAUAACCAACUUAAUCUAAACUAAACUGAUUCUUUUUAAUUGCUGUUAAUUAAAUAGAUAUAAUAUAAUUAAUAAAAUUUUAUUUGGACAAUUAUUUUUAUUAGUAGUUUACUAAUUAAUCAAUUAGCCUAUUCGUUAAUUAAUUAAUACAAUAAAGUAAUAAAAGCACAAAAAAAUCACUAAAUAAAAAAACUAUGGAUUUUUCUAUCUUUGACCAAGAUUCUUCUUAUUUUCAAAACAAACAAUUAAUGCAAUUCAAAAAAUUUCAAAAAAAAACCUCUGAUAAAAACAUUACAAAUUACAUCAAAAUUGAAAAAUUGUCAAAAUCUCAAUUAAUAAACAAAAACUCCAAUUUAAAUUACUCAAACAAUAAUGAUUAUAAUGAUUACACAGAUGAAAUUAAUCUUCAUCAAAUUAAAAAUUAUGAUAACCCAUUGAGAUUUGCUUUGUUAGGUUCAAACAAUGUUGGUAAAUCAACUUUUACAAUAAAAGUAUCAAAUCCUUUUAAUUUUAGAGAGGUUUAUUAUCCAACUUUAAACAAUAACUCAAUUUUAUUUAAUUUUAAACCAUCACUAAUCAAAUCAAAAUUUAUCUUGAACGAAAAUCUAUCUGAUAAUGAUCUUAACAUUUUAAAGGAUUUAGUUUUAAAAAAUAAAUUAGUUAAAAAUCAAAAUUUCGAUUUAAAAUUAUCCAAAAAUAUUCUAAAUUCAAUCUCAAAAAACUCCAUCAUUAGCAACAUCAAUAAAGACAAGAAUAAAAACAAGAGCAAAAAUAAAAAAAUAUUUUCGAUUUUUAAGGAAUUGAAAUCCAAAUUAAAUGAUAAUCCCUAUUAUGAUUGUCAUUUUAUCAAUAACAUUAACAGCAAUAAUGCUUCAAUUGAAGAUAACAUAAACAUCAAAUACAAAGACUUAUUAUCGAUAUUAGGCAUUAAAGAUGAUCGCUCGUUAUCAGUCUUUGAGGAAAAUAAUAAACUAUUAUUUUUUUCUUUAGCAUCAAAUCCACUAUUGUCAAGCAAUAUAAGGAGAAUAACUAAUUUUACUCAAAAUGAUUACUGCAAUGGCCUCUCAAGUGUAGUCUCAAACAGAACACUUACACAAUUCAAUUCUAAUUUAACCGCAACACCAUCGUUAUUGUCAUCCUCCAGUUCAUCUAUUUACAGCGAAUUUUCUGCAAAUUCAAAUUUAGAUUUAAAUUCAGAUAAAAAUUUAGCUUGUAUUGGCGAGUAUAAUAAUAAUUUUAAUGUUAUUGAUGAUAAUAGUAACAACAAUCAUAAUCCACCAGAAAUAUCACCAAUUUUUGUUGAAUUAAUUGACACGCCAGGUUUUCAACCCGUUAAUAUAAUUCCAUUUCUUGAAUUAUCAUUGAACACCAGGCUAAGUGAAAACCAGCUAGGAAACUUGAUAGAUGGUUCAAUGAGAACCAACAUCACACAGCAGAGUUUAAUCAUCGGAUCAGGAUUGGGUGAAUUGAAUGGAAAAAUCGAUGGGUAUAUUCUUAUGUAUAGCUGUGUUCCCCAUUUAAACAAUGAUGAACCUCCAAGUUAUGAGAAUGUUGUUGGUUCUGAGAGUAAUAAAGGCAAUAAUAGCGACAAAAAUGAUAUGGCCAAUUCGUUAAAGGCAUUAGGGGUAAUUCGAGAUACUAUUGUUGAAGCGUGGAUUGAGUUUUUAGUAUACCAAGAGAAAACUAACAAGAUAGUUGAGGGGGAUAUCUUUUCAUUAUCAUAUACUUUGAAACAACUUUGGAAGAAUGAGCAACUAGAAGAACAUGAGAAAAAAAUGAGUAAAAAACUUCAUUCUAAAUAUGACGCUGAAAACUUGAGGAACAGUCCAAGUGAAUUUGAAAAAUUAAAGGAUAGAAUUAUUCGUAAUUAUUUUUUGCCCCCAAUUAUGAUUAUCUGCAGUAAUAUUGAGAAUAAGAAAAUGAGUCCAGUUUUGGUUGAAGAAGGAAAAAAAAUAGCCAAAGAUUGGAAUUGCAGUUUUAUUACAAUUGAUAGUUCAAUUGGAUAUGGGGUCGAAGAAGCAUUGAGUUUGAUGAUCCGAGAUUCCAUAGAGAAUAAGAAGUUGAAAAGAGGUAAUAAAAAACAUUAGAAGGAGAGUUUAAAGAGUGUAUUUUAAUUAGAGGUGAUCAAGAGAUGUUUUGGACAUUCUUUUUAUUAAUUAUUUUUAUUUUUAAAUUAUUUUUAAUCAUUUCAAGGUGGUUGGAAGUGACAGGGGAGAGAUGGUGUAUUAUUUUUAUUAAUUUCUAUUUUCAUUAAUUUUUAUUUUCAUUAAUUUUUAUUUUUAUUUUCAUUUCAUAUAUACUCAAUUAAUAUAUAGUAUUAUGAGACGGAAUCCGAGUAAUAAUUGAUAAGUAUAUUUAA